AUGCGCAGAAGGUGGUGCACAUGUACAGACAAGGUGCGUGCAUGCAAGCGCAUUCACAUUUUCAAACCAGUAGAGAAGUUUUUAAUAAGUGACCACGACCAAGACCCUCAAUGUAACCUUCAGUGCUCCAGAUCUGCUGCCAAGCCUCUCUGUGCUUCGGAUGGCAGGACCUAUGAAUCCAUGUGUGAUUAUCAGAGGGCAAAGUGCAAGGAUUCCAAUCUGAAUGUGGCACAUCGAGGCAGAUGUAAAGAUGCUGGUCAGAGCAAAUGCAGAUUAGAAAGAACCCAAGCACUGGAUCAAGUGAAGAAGCCACAAGAAGCGGUCUUUGUUCCAGAGUGUCAUGAGGAUGGAUCAUUUACCCAAAAAAUUAAUUCGUGUGACCAAGAAAGGCAGAGUGCACUUGAGGAAGCCAAGCAGAAUCCACGUGAAGGAAUUGUUAUCCCUGAAUGUGCCCCUGGAGGACUGUACAAACCAGUGCAGUGUCAUCAGUCCACGGGCUACUGCUGGUGUGUUCUGGUAGACACUGGUCGCCCCCUACCUGGCACUUCCACCCGAUAUGAGACCCCUGUAUGUGAAAGCGAUGCUCGAUCCAGAAGCCCAGAAAUUGAUGAUCCUUUCAAAGACCGAGAACUUCCAGGUUGCCCAGAAGGGAAAAAAGUAGAAUUUAUUACCAGUUUACUGGAUGCGCUCACCACAGAUAUGGUACAGGCUAUUAACUCAGCAGCACCUGCCGGAGGUGGAAGGUUCUCUGAGCCUGAUCCCAGUCAUACCCUGGAAGAGCGAGUGGUUCAUUGGUACUUCAGCCAGCUGGACAACAAUAACAGCAGCGACAUCAACAAAAGGGAGAUGAAACCCUUCAAGCGCUACGUGAAGAAGAAAGCCAAGCCCAAGAAAUGUACCCGACGCUUCACUGACUAUUGUGAUCUCAACAAAGACAAGUCCAUCUCACUUCAGGAAUUGAAAGGCUGUUUGGGGGUCAGGAAGGAAGAAGGUAGCAUUGGCAGCUUCCCACAUGGAAAAAGGCAAGGCGUUAAUCCUUUCAUAGGACGUCUUGUCUAAGAGGAUAUGCCAUGGAUGGAUGGAUGGAUGGAAGGAGAUGGGAUGCAUGACCAUUUGAAAACAUGUAGGACUGGCAACAACCAGUAUAGCAGAAGUGGCAGUCACAACAUUUGCACUUUGUUAAAAAAGAAAGAAAAAAGAAGAGGAGGAGAAAAAUUGUCUGCAUAUAAUACAGGUUUUUUUUAGUAAUCUGAAGAAAAGACCACUGAAAUUUGGAAAGAAAGCUGAACAUCUACUUGUGAUUUAAAUCUUAAGGAUUGCCUGGACUUGAAAAAAUGUUUAAUAUACUGUACAUAAAAUGUAAAUUACACAGUGAUUUUCUGUUGGCUAUAGGAUAACUAUUUGAUUCCUGCCUGGUUUUUGUUUCCUUUGUUUCCUUUUUAAGAGGCACAGCAGAUUCAGGAAUGUCUUCCUGGACAGGAGUGUCUUCUAACACCACCCAACCUUUGUUAAAUAAUAUCAGCUCUGCCUUCAUUACAUUCAUUACAGAGAUUGUUGGAUGGUUCUUUAUAAAAUGUUGUAAAUCACGGAUGAGGAAAUGAUCUAAAUAUGUACUCUAUGGCAGUGGUCCCCAAUUCCAGUCCACGCAUUGCUAACAAUUUGCUGCCUGUCGGCAACUGGACUGUACAUGUUGCUGGUGAAUAUGCCAUUUGCACAAGCGGCAGACAUGCACAUGAAACCAUCUCCUCCUCCUGCCGCUACCACUGAUGGCAGUCUGCGGAGCCAGAAAGGUUGGGGAUCGCUGAUCUGGGGAAUAUUCAAGAAAUGUAAAAGUGAGCAGUAUGAAAUUAUAAAUGGGGGUGUGGACUUCAUGGCACUCCAGAUAUUGUUGGACUUUAAUGUACAUAUGUUUAGGCAGCAUAUCUAAUGUUUACAGGCAGCAAAAAUGAGACAAAACCUCUACCCAGUUCAGGAAUCCAAAAUAAAGCAACUUCACAAAAUAGCUGUCAUAACCCUGGCUUGAGCUCAUUUUAUGCACACAUCCCUGGAUGUGUGCAUAAGAUACUUGGUUCCUUGAGUGAACUGGAUAUGAGUGAACGGUUCUUAUUGAUAGGAAGUUUUUUUCCCCCAUUCAGAAGGAAUUUCCCUUCAGUUCCCUAUUCUGGAACAAGAGACGACUUUGGAAUUUAUUCUGUGUGAAGUGUUUCACAUUGUGGUGUCUACCAGUUGACCAUUGUGAGGACAGACUACUGGGGUCAGAGGUCCAGUCCAGCCAGAAUCUCACUGCUUAUAUUCUUAAUUUCUUGGUCCUGGCUGUUUUGGUAUUUAGGGAAAGCAAGAGUGGGUUGCAACAAUGACUUUUUUGGAUUGUGGAUCUUGAAAGUUUACUAUACAUAGGUGAAAGUUCGAAACUGGGCAAAAACAUUUUCUUAUUUUUUAAAUCUGGGUUGAAUCAUUUCACAGAUUUACUGUAAAAUGAAUUUUUGUCUCAUGGUUCGCCAGCACCCCCUGCUGGCUUCUCUGAUUUUUCACAUACAAUGAAUGUGUCUUUAAAAUCUUUGUUAUUUUUCCUUUCUUUUGUUCACAACACUUAUUCUGUAUGCAUUCAA